GCACCACGCACCAACCUGCCCGAGAUCGAGAAGAAGAAGUUCUUGGUGCCGGGUUCCAUGCUCUGCGGAGAGUUUAAGUACAUUGUGCACAAGCACAUCCAACAAGCCGCGAAUGGGACUGGCCUUGCCGCGGACCAGGUCAUCUACCUCUUCACCACCAAUGGGCGCAGUAACACCGCGGUGAAGACGGGUGCACUGAUGUCCGAGAUCUAUGACGGCUACAAGUCCGACGACGGUUUCUUGUACAUCGCCUACAGUGCUGAGAACACGUUGGGAUGA